CUUUACUUUAUUUUUUUUUAUUUAUUUUUAUUUUCAUUUUAUAUAUAUAUAUAUAUUCUUCUUUUUAUAUAUUUUAUUCGAUUAAGCAAGGCAUUCUCAUCUCUGCAAUAUUAUAGAUAUAUAUCAUGGCCGAGAACAUUGCCAAAGCUAGUCAAUAUCAAUAUGCAGCAAAUGCUAGUUUAGUUCUUCAAGCAGAUCGAAGUGGAUUACCUAGACGAGAUCAAGAACCUACUGGUGAACCCGAAACAUUAUGGGGUAAAAUAGAUCCAAAAUCUUUUGGUUCAAGGGCAGAACGAGAAGUACCAAAAGAUAUUGAAGAAAAGAAGAAAAAGGCAGCUAAACGAUCCGAAGAUGCAGCAGAAAAACAACGACGACGAAAGGAAGAACACGCAUUCAACAAAGCUUAUGGAUAUUCUUCAGUUAUAUCAGCAACAGAAGAUUGGGAAGAUUUGAAUUAUCGACCACGUACCAAGGAAACUCGUGAAGCUUAUGAACAUAUUCUCUCUUUUGUUUAUGACCAUCUUGGUGAUCAAGCUCGUGAUGUUGUUCGUAGUGCUGCUGAUGCCGUAUUGGAAACUCUCAAGACUGACUCUCUCAAGGACUUUGACAAGAAACGUGAAAUUGAAUCCGUCAUUGGUCCUAUUGAAUCUGAUCGUUUUGCACAACUUGUCAAUUUAUCAAAGAAAAUUACAGAUUACUCGGCCGAAGGAGAUGCUAUGGAUGUCGAUGAACAAGGUGAAAAAGCGGGUGACAUUGACGACGAACUUGGUGUAGCUGUUGUGUUUGAUGAAGAGGAAGAAGAAGAAGAACAAGACGACCAAUACGAAAUCAAGGACGAAGACGAAGAGGAUGAAGACGAAGAAGCUGGUGUUCCUAUGGACGAAGAAGCUGAAUAUGAACAAGAAGGUGAAGAAUCUCCUGAUGAAGAAGAAGGGUUCAAAACUGUUUUACCUGGUGAAUCUGAACGCAAAAAGAAGACCAAACUUGGAAAAACUCAAUCCCCUGACUUUGUGGCUCCUCAUGAUAUUGAUGCUUUCUGGUUACAACGACAUAUUGCUACUUACUAUUCAGAUCCUCAUGAAGCUCAAGAAAAGACAAUCAAAGCAUUUGAUAUUUUGGGCGCUGAAGCUAUUGGUAUCCGUGAUUGUGAAAAUGAAUUGAUGGGUCUUUUUGAUUACGACAAAUUUGACUUGGUACGUGUUUUGAUCAAGAAUCGAGAUGCUAUUUAUUGGUGCACUCGAUUAGCAAGAGUCACCGGUGAUGAUAAGGUUGCUGUGGAAAAGGAAAUUCAACAAAAGAAUCUUGGUUGGCUUUUACGUGAUCUCAGUGGUGAUCGUAUACAAAAGGAUGAUAUGGAUAUAGAUCGCCAAAGAGGAAAAUCUGUUUCAAAAGAUAUGAUGGAUGUUGACAAAAAUGCUGGUGUGGAAGGUCGUAGUCGAGGUCAAGUUCCUACAACAGCUACCAUUACUCCUGGUACAACAUUAACACCUAGACGUAUUUUGGAUUUGGAUGAUUUGGCAUUUGAACAAGGUUCUCAUCUCAUGUCAAAUAAAAAAGUGAAACUUCCUGAUGGUUCUUUCAAACGAUCCAAGAAAGGUUAUGAAGAAAUCCAUGUACCAGCUCCCAAACCUCAAGCCUUUGCUAGUAACGAAAAAUUGGUCACUAUUCAAUCCUUGCCUGAAUGGACUCAUGUUGCUUUCCCUGGUGCAAAAAGUUUGAAUCGUGUUCAAAGUCGUUUAUAUCCUACUGCCUUUGGUAGUGAUGAAAAUGUACUCCUUUGUGCUCCUACUGGUGCUGGCAAGACCAAUGUGGCAAUGCUGACUAUUCUUCACGAAAUUGAUCGAAACCGUGAUCCUGCUACUGGUAACAUUGAUUUGGAUGCUUUCAAGAUUGUUUAUAUUGCUCCUAUGAAAGCUCUUGUACAAGAAAUGGUUGGUAACUUCUCAAGUCGUCUUCAAGUCUAUGGUAUCAAGGUGGCCGAACUGACGGGUGAUCGACAAUUAACGAAACAACAAAUCGCAGAAACACAAAUUAUCGUCACUACUCCUGAAAAAUGGGAUGUCAUUACACGCAAAGCAACUGAUCGUAGCUACACAGCCUUGGUUCGUUUGAUUAUUAUUGAUGAAAUCCAUUUACUUCAUGAUGAUCGUGGUCCGGUAUUGGAAAGUAUUGUUUCAAGAACCAUUCGCAAUAUGGAACAAACUCAAGAAUUGGUUCGUCUGGUGGGUCUCUCUGCUACUCUUCCAAACUAUGCUGAUGUGGCCGCAUUUUUACGUGUGGAUCCUAAAUCUGGUCUUUUCCAUUUCGACAGUACUUAUCGUCCAUGUCCAUUGAAGCAACAAUUUAUUGGUGUGACUGAAAAGAAAGCCAUCAAACGAUUCCAAGUAUCUAACGAGGUAUGUUAUGAAAAGGUGAUUGAACAAAUUGAUCAACGUGAAGAAAACCAAGUCCUGGUAUUUGUGCAUUCUCGAAAAGAAACAGCCAAGACUGCAAAGACUUUACGGGACAUGGCUUUAGAUCAAGAUACAAUUGGACGCUUUUUGAAACAAGAUUCUGCCAGUCGGGAAAUUCUCCAAUCCGAAGCUGCCACUGUCAAGGAUAGUAAUCUUCAAGAACUCUUGCCUUACGGUUUUGGUAUCCAUCAUGCUGGUAUGACUCGUGCUGAUCGUACUCUGGUGGAAGAAUUAUUCAACGACGGUCAUAUUAAGGUGCUAUGCUCUACUGCUACAUUGGCUUGGGGUGUGAAUUUACCUGCUCACGCUGUCAUUAUCAAGGGUACUCAAAUUUAUUCUCCUGAAAAGGGUCGUUGGGUUGAAUUAUCUCCUCAAGAUGUGUUGCAAAUGCUUGGUCGUGCUGGUCGUCCACAAUAUGAUACAUUUGGUGAAGGUAUCAUCAUCACUGCCCAUUCCGAACUUCAAUACUACUUAUCUCUUCUCAAUACUCAAUUGCCUAUCGAAUCUCAAUUUGUCAAACGUCUUGCUGAUAACAUGAAUGCUGAAAUUGUUCUUGGUACCAUCCGAAACCGUGAUGAAGCUGUACAAUGGCUUGGUUAUACUUAUCUCUAUGUCCGUAUGCUUCGUAAUCCUGCUCUGUAUGGUGUAUCUGCUGAUGAUUUGGCGGAUGAUGCUUAUUUGGAACAAAAACGUGUGGAUCUUGCUCAUUCGGCUGCCAUUCUAUUGGACAAAUGUAAUCUUAUCAAGUAUGACAAGAAAUCCGGUCGCUUCCAAAUCACUGAACUUGGUCGUAUUGCUUCUCACUACUAUGUCACUCAUCAUUCUAUGGCCACUUACAAUCAACAUUUGAAACCUAUGAUGGGUCAUAUCGAACUCUUCCGAGUAUUUGCCUUGUCUGAUGAAUUCAAGUAUAUUCCUGUGCGUGAAGAAGAAAAAAUGGAAUUGGCGAAAUUAUUGGAACGUGUACCUAUUCCAGUCAAGGAAAGUCUGGACGAACCUACGGCAAAAAUCAAUGUGCUUUUACAAUCUUAUAUUUCACAACUCAAAUUGGAAGGAUUCGCUUUGGUGUCUGAUAUGGUAUACGUGACUCAAAGUGCUGGUCGUAUUCUUCGUGCUAUGUUUGAAAUCUGUUUGAAACGGGGAUGGGCUCAAUUGACAAAGAAGGCUUUGGAUCUUUGCAAGAUGGUGGAAAAACGUUCAUGGUUAUCAAUGUCUCCUUUACGACAAUUCAAGGGUAUGCCUCAAGAUUUGAUUCGACGUUUGGAACGCAAGGAAUUCCCCUGGGAUCGUUACUUUGAUUUAAAUCCUCAAGAAUUGGGUGAAUUGGCAGGACAACCAAAAGCUGGACGUAUUCUUCACAAGUAUAUUCAUCAAUUCCCCAAACUGGACAUUCAAGCUCAUGUACAACCUAUUACUCGAUCUCUACUCAAGAUGGAAUUGACAAUUACUCCUGAUUUCCAAUGGGAUGAAAAAGUUCAUGGCGCUGCCGAAGCAUUCUGGAUUCUUGUGGAAGAUGUUGAUGGCGAACAUAUAUUGCAUCAUGAAUACUUUGUUCUCAAGCAACGAUAUGCGGAAGAAGAACAUAUGGUAUCCUUCACUGUUCCUCUUUACGAACCUUUACCUCCCAACUACUUUGUGACGGUGGUGGCAGAUCGAUGGCUCCAUUCUGAAACCAAACUUCCUGUCUCGUUCAAGCAUUUGAUCCUUCCUGAAAAGUAUGCUCCUCAUACUGAACUUCAUGAUUUACAACCUCUUCCUGUGUCUGCUUUGCGUAACAAACAAUACGAACAAAUUUAUUCUGGAUGGAUGGAUCACUUCAACCCUAUUCAAACACAAACAUUCAACACUUUAUACACAACGGAUGACAAUACCUUUGUUGGUGCUCCUACUGGUAGUGGUAAGACGGUAUGUGCUGAAUUUGCCAUUUUACGAUUAUGGUCUCAGAACAACAAUGGAAAAUGUAUAUUUGUGUCUCCCUUCCAAGAAUUAGUGGAUGAACGUGUUUUGGACUGGCAAAAGAAAUUCCAAGGACUUGACAAGAUGGUGGUUGCAUUGACGGGUGAAACAAGUGCUGAUCUCAAGUUAUUAGAACAAGGUGAUAUCGUUGUAUGUACUCCAACACAAUGGGAUGUGAUUUCACGACGAUGGAAACAACGCAAGAAUGUACAAAAUGUGGAUCUUUUCAUUACAGACGAAUUACAUUUGAUUGGUGGCGAUCUUGGUCCUACUUAUGAAGUGAUUGUAUCUCGUAUGCGAUAUAUUGCCUCUCAAACCCAAAAGCCUAUCCGUGUGAUUGCUCUUAGCACAUCUUUGGCGAACGCUCGUGAUCUUGGUGAAUGGAUUGGUACGACAUCUCAUUCUAUCUUCAACUUCCAUCCAUCUGUGCGACCUGUACCACUGGAAAUCCAUAUUCAAAGUUACAAUGUGCCUCAUUUUGCUUCGUUGAUGAUGGCGAUGGCGAAGCCUACUUACCUAGCUAUUGCUGAACAUUCUGGAAACAAACCUGUGAUUGUAUUUGUACCUUCAAGAAAACAAUGCCGACUGACUGCAGAAGACAUCAUCACUUAUUGUGUGGCGGAUGACACACCACAUCGAUUCUUACAUUGUGCUGUUGAAGAAAUUCAAGAUAUACUUGGUCGUGUACAAAACAAGGCGUUGGAAGAGACUUUACGACAUGGUAUUGGGUUCUAUCAUGAAGCUCUCUCAAAACAGGACAAGCGUAUUGUGGCACAACUCUAUGAAUCUGGUGCUAUUCAAGUAGUGAUUGCUUCUCGUGAUACUUGUUGGGGUUUACCGCUACAUUCUCAUAUGGUGAUCGUGAUGGGUACGCAAUACUUUGAAGGCAAGGAACAUCGCUAUGCCGACUACCCAAUUACAGAUGUGCUACAAAUGAUUGGACGAGCUUGUCGACCAUUGGAGGAUGAUACUGGCAAAUGUGUUUUGAUGUGUCAAGGUACCAAGAAGGAAUUCUACAAAAAAUUCUUGUAUGAAGCUUUACCAGUAGAAUCUCAUUUGGAUCAACUGUUACACGACCACUUUAAUGCUGAAAUUGUUACCAAGACGAUUGAAAAUAAGCAAGAUGCUGUGGAUUACUUGACAUGGACAUUCUUAUACCGACGUAUGGCACACAACCCUAACUAUUAUGGAUUACAAGGAACAACUCAUCGACAUUUAUCUGAUCAUCUGUCUGAACUGGUUGAAAACACACUCAAUGAUCUCCAAGACACAAAAUGUAUUACGAUUGAAGAUGAAAUGGAUAUCCAUCCUCUCAAUUUGGGUAUGAUUGCCGCUUAUUACAACAUCAACUACACCACUGUGGACAUGUUCAGUGUAAGUUUGAAACCAACCACGAAAUUGAAGGGACUUUUGGAAAUUGUGGCAUCUGCUACUGAAUUCGAUACUCUUCCCAUCCGACAUCACGAAGAUGGUAUUCUCAAACGAAUGUACGAACGCUUACCUGUGAAAUUGGGAUCACCUAAAUUCAAUACACCACGUAUCAAGACCAAUAUUUUAUUACAAGCUCACUUUUCAAGAAUGCAAUUACCUCCCGACUUACAUUCUGAUCAAACGAUGGUUGUUGGUCGAGUGAUUCCUUUGUUACAAGCAUGUGUUGAUGUGAUUUCAUCGAAUGGAUGGUUAUCACCUGCCCUGGCAGCCAUGGAAUUAUCACAAAUGUCCGUCCAAGCUAUGUGGGAUCGUGAUUCACCAUUGAAACAAGUACCUUACUUUACCUCAGAAGUGAUCAAACGAUGUGAAGCCAAGGGAGUGGAAUCUAUUUUUGAUAUUAUGGAAAUGGAAGAUGAAGAUCGAAAUGAAGCUCUACAAAUGGAUCAACGUCAAUUGGCCGAAGUGGCAAGAUUUGUGAAUCGAUAUCCUAAUAUUGAAGUUGGAUUUGAGGUGAUGGAUGAAGAUGACAUCACAUCAGGUAAUGUGGUGAAUGUCAAAGUACAACUGGAACGUGAAUGGGAUGAAGAUGAAGCACUUGGACCUGUUUUGGCACCUUUCUAUCCAAAGAAGAAGGAUGAAGGUUGGUGGAUUGUACUUGGUGAUACAGAUAAAACAUUAUUGGCUAUUAAACGUGUGACAUUACAACAAAAAUUAACUGUCAAAUUGGACUUUGUGGCUCCCAAGGCUGGUCAACAUACUCUCAAAUUAUAUUUGAUGGCUGAUAGUUAUAAUGGAUGUGAUCAAGAAUUAGAUAUGAAUCUUAAAGUAGCUGAAGGGGAAUCUAGUGAUGAAGAAGAAGACAUGGAUACAGAUGAAGAAGAUUAAAUAUUUUUUGUUUUUUAGUUCAGUUUUAGUUUUAUUUUUUUGUUAGUAUUUCUUUUUUUUUUUUUCUUCUUUGUUAUAAU